UCUGAGGCAAUAAAAAUGGAGGCUGGCAUGGAUCUGCUCCACAGCUCCGGCGUGGAAAUGGUGCAGUAUCUCCAGGUGAACUACAGGGACUCCCAGAGCUGGUUCACUUUAGUCUCUGUGGCUGCCGACCUGAGAAACACUUUCUACGUUUUCUUCCCCAUCUGGUUCCACCUGUACGAGGCAGUGGGCGUCAAACUCAUCUGGGUGGCCGUCAUCGGAGACUGGCUCAACCUCAUCUUUAAAUGGUUUUUAUUUGGACAUAGGCCUUACUGGUGGGUGCACGAGACUACAUUUUAUACUAACUCCUCUCUUCCAACGCUGCAACAAUUUCCUUUAACCUGUGAGACCGGUCCAGGAAGUCCAUCUGGUCAUGCAAUGGGUUCAGCCGGCGUCUGGUAUGUGAUGAUCACUGCAUUCCUGACCUUUGGAUUACAGAAGAAGCUCACAGGCUUCCAAAAAUGGUGUCUCCAUGUUCUGCUGUGGGCUGUAUUUUGCAUGAUCCAGAUCUGUGUUUGCGCAUCCAGGGUCUUUCUAGCUGCUCAUUUCCCACAUCAGGUUUUCACAGGAGUUAUUUCAGGAAUGGUUGUGGCUGAGGCGUUUGGCCGGAUUAAUGCAAUCUACAAUGCAAGCCUUAAGAAGUAUCUGCAGAUCACUCUCUUGCUGUUCUCCUUUGCUCUGGGUUUCUACCUGCUGUUGAAAGCGCUGGGAGUCGACCUGCUGUGGUCAGUGGAGAAAGCCCAGAGAUGGUGUGCCCAAGCCGAGUGGGUCCACAUUGACACCACCCCCUUCGCUGGGCUGGUCAGGAACAUGGGAGCCUUGUUUGGACUGGGAUUGGCUCUGAACUCACCCAUUUACACUGAGAGCUGCAAGGGGAAGAGAGGCCAGCAGUUCUGCUUCAGGAUAAGUUGCAUUGUGGCCUCGUUGAUCGUCCUGCACCUGUUUGACUCGGUGAAGCCUCCAACGCAGAGGGAAUUUCUGUUUUAUUUCCUGUCCUUCUGCAAAAGUGCCACCGUGCCUCUGGCAGCUGCAGCUUUUGUCCCAUUUUGUGUGUCACAGGUUGUACACAGACAGGAGAAGAAGGAACUAUAAGCGUUUUGCAAAGCU